UGACGAACCAUCCAAUUAGCUGCGUCAUGGCACAAGUAAAUCCAUAGUAAGGAAAAACUUCUCCUUCAAUCGCUCUGAUUCAAGAUGAGAGGUGUUUUUGUCAAGUCCUUCUCCUCUCUGUUCACACUCGUGCUGAUAAUGCCCUCUGUUUUGGCAAGGAGUUUGCAUAGCAGUCAAAACAAAGGUGAUUGCCGUUCUCUGAAAAUGAGAAACAACGCAGGAAAUCACGCCAAGAAAUGUUAUCCUGGGUACCCUCGAAAACAAGUCUCCUAUUUGCCUUACCGAAAUUGCUACCGAAGAUUCUUCGCAGGUAUGAAACCACCGGAAGGUUUGCGAAGAAGCAAUUCGCACAAUCCCAAUAUCAGAUAUAUCUGUCAGAGGCCAGAUGAAAAACGCAAGAGUCAAUUUGGAACAAUGUUUGACGAAAGUUUGGGACUGGCCGUAUUUUCAGCUUAUACCUUAACAACCAAAGAUAUUGAUUUCCAGCAUCGAGCUCGCCCAGCUUCGUGGGCCAAAACACCAGGCAUUGAAAAUCAGGGAAGUGAUGCAAUAUAUCCGAGCUUACCAUACAUAAGAGGUCAAUUGGUACCAGCACUUACUUUAUCAAACACCGGAAAAGGUGACGAGGGUUGGCUAUCGACUUUCACCUACACAAACGCUGUUCCACAACGGCCAGAUUUUAAUAUGGGAGAGUGGCUUGAGUUUGAAAACAAGAUUCGAUCUUAUGCCAGAAAUGACUGCAUACCGAAUCGUGGCAAGCUUUAUCUUCUAACUGGCACGUCAUUCGUUCAUUCCGAACCUGACUGGCCGAUUUGGCCGAGAGAUCCUAAGAGACAACCUUGGUUGGCUAAUAUCAAAGAUAAUUAUCUCAUUCCUGAUAGUCCUCCGAUAGCCAUUCCAGUAUCUUUGUGGACGGCUGGUUGUUGUAUUGACUCGAAAAAUGGAACUGUGACGGGGAAUUUUGCGGUGAUUGGGAACAACGAAGAAGAUCCUCAACUGAUGCACACGAGGCAAAUUUCAGUAGAACAGUUGCAAAGUAUCCUCAAACAAGACGUAAAAGCGAAUGAG